AUGGAACCUGUAGCUACUCCUAAUAUGUCUGGCGAUGAUAUGGACGGGCAGCUGGCGGAGCUGAACGUCGCGGAUCCUCAGUAUGCGAUGGGCUCGCUGCAUAUAAAGUAUAAUGAUAGGACGCCUGACUUGGAUCGGGUGACGCACGUGCUGCGUCAAACGAGGGCCAACAGCAGUGUGGGGGAUGAAAACUUGUUGGAGCGCCUCUACGCGGGUUCAGAGGAGGAUACGCCUGAAUCGCAGCGGGAAACACUGGAGGGACAGGCAUACAGGGACAUUGCAUCGUCCCCGAGUAAGAUCGGGCCCGAUCAGGGCACUUGCAGCCGCGUGCUGAUUCCAGCCUCGAGCAUUGGAAGCGGUGGUAGACGCGUGGAGCGGUGGUCGACAGCCUCGGACGCAAAGCGGGUGAUGCGGGCGCCGGGCUCCUCGCCCACGAAGUACAAGCGGCCGAACUACGCUGCCGCCAACCUAUAUGGCCCGUCCACGCAGGUGAUUGAGUCGCCGGUGCAUGUAUCUGCGCUGGGCGAUCAGACAACCGUCGCGGAUGCGAGCGCGAGCACGGAUAAGGUUGUUCUACGCUUUGCGACUAUAGCGGGAGGGCCGCUGCUGCCUCCGUCGCGAUCUUCGCCGCCCGCUCUGUCAGAUGAUGCAAUUGAUACUCCCAAUCCGGAUGCUGAGUGCUCUCCCGGCCGGAUCACGCCCCAGCCGGGUCUUGGCGCUGUAUACAGCGAUGCAGAGACCAGUACGCAACUCUCAGAAAAGGCGGAGCCGACCGACGAGUACGAACAUGCAGAUGAUAGAAUGAGGGAAUCCACAGCCACUUCCGCGGGGCCGCCUCAUGCGCGCAAAACGCGAGCACGGCACCGCGUCACCUCGAGCGACGACGAAUACGAGUAUCGGCACGCAGCUUUGUCUGCAUCGGAGAACGAUGUUUCUGGCACUACUAAGAAGCUGAAAUUAGAUGAAGAUAGCUCUCUGCUGAGGGAGGACAAGAGUCUUCUCAACAAAUAUGACAUCAUAGACGAUAGUGCUGUGUGGUGCUAUUCGUCGAACUUAACGUAUUACCCAGCGAAGCUUCUAGUAUCCCAUACCAACACAGCGACCUCUGUGGUGCUAUUUAAAGAGGGAGAGUACGAAGUAAGUAGCGAAGAUUUACACUACUUGGAUUUACGAGUUGGAGAACAAGUCAUCUGCAAUCACAAGCUGUACGUCGUGGAGGCGCUCGAGAAAAGGGAUUGCUAUCCAAUCACAUGCGUGAGGGGAUAUGACACUGUGUAUUUGAGACAGGUGCUCAGAAGUGGCAAGUCCACGCCGGGGGCUAUUUGUAAGCCUCUAAUGGACAUCCAGCUGUCCCUGGAACAAUGGGCUAGACGCCACAAAAUCCAAUUGGAGGAGAAGAGUUCGUUAAACAGCACUGCUAAUCCCGAAGAGUUACAUCGAGUGUCAAGGAGGCGCAGGGCUUCUCGGGUAGUACGCCAUACAUCCCGUAAACUGGAAUCAUUUGAUGGGCGUAUAGGUCACACAGACGUUAGUGGAUCAUUGUCAGAAGACGACAAUCCUGACGCUCCCGAAAGGGCUGCUUUAGAAUAUGCAACCUCCAGGCAACUGCCUCCAGCUAUUUCUGCAGGCAAUCAACUAUUUGAAAAAUGCCUUUUUGUCAUCACCGGCAUAGAGAGGAAGUAUGCAGCGUACAUGACUGAGCUCAUUCAUUCUUAUUCUGGAACGGUAAUCUCCAGUUUUUCCGAAAAUCUUGACUAUGUUGGAAAUACGUUAAAGUGGAAAAAGCGAGAAUACGAGGAGUACAUAUUCGCCUGUCUCAUUGCAGAUCAACAUCUUAGGACACCCCGGUAUUUGGAAGCGCUCGCACUUGGGUGGCCUACGCUACAUUGGAAAUUUGUAAUAGAAUGCAUUAGUAAAGGCAGGGUCUCGUUGGAACACUCUAUCUUUCAAUUUCUGUUACCCGCUGGCGAAAGUCACCGCCUUUCCGUAGAUUCGAGAUCCAAGAAGGGCGUGGUGAAGUCUGCCAAUAUUUCGAAGUUCUACAAUGGGCUCUCCAACCAAUGCACUAUGGGAUAUCAACUGGAGACAUACAAUGUUCGACAGCUGGAGAAAUUUCAUGUUAUAAUCCUGGGCCACUCUGACACAGAUAGUUUUGUCGAGUUCGUGCUCUCAUGCUUUCGUGUGCGGAAAUGGGAGUAUGCGGAGUCGAUUUCGGAUAUAUCGAUGCUAUUGAAGGCAUGCCAAACUAGAUUUGAUCUCUUGGUGUACGUAAAUUAUCCUGACGUACAGAAGAGUGAUCGAAUUAAGUCAGAUUUGAUUGCGAUGGCUACUAACGAACGUGCAUUGUCAGACGGACCGAAUCAGGUACACAUUGAAACUCGUGAGUGGCUAGUGCAGACAAUCAUAAAUGAAAGUUGUGGCUGGAGCAAGGGAACUGCGAUGCCUUAA